GGCCUCCUUCACUGAAACGGUUGGUUCUCGCCGCAGGUACUGUAGAAAAAACUGGACUGAACGUUGGAACUGACAAAUUGUUAAACAUAUACUUACAACUUUCGCUAUGAACACACAACACUGAGAAUAUAUCUUCCAAUAACAUACACGAGUAGAAGAAGUGAAAAUAAACAAUAGAUUCCCCAUCAAACAAAGUUCACUCAUUCAGGGUCCCGCUGAUCUUAAAGCCUUGGCAACCCCAGCUCCCGGCACCAACUCGGGACGAUCAAGACCUCGGCCCAACCUUAUCCAUCUUAUCCCAUCUUAUCAAACCUCAGUCUCUCACUCUCGAGUCUCCUUCACAUCACAUCACCAACCACCAUGGAGCGACGAAACCUCCGCUCAGAACCCGACCCCAAAAUCAAAGCCCAAUUCAAAGACACACCCUGGGCAAUCUCCCUCUUCAACGACCCAAUUCUCAUACCCUUCACCAACGACUCCCGCGUCCCCAAAUCACAUACAGGCGAUUCCUUCUGCGCCCAAACCCUCAACACGCCCACCACCAUCUCGGCCUGGCAAUCAUUUCACCGGCUCCCUUCUUCUUCCUCCCCUUCUGCUUCAAAUCAAUCCACCGAGACCCUAACAGUGAUGAAACUCGGCUCAGCUCUAAACGGCCACCCGGAUAUCUGUCACGGGGGUUUUGUUUCGUUGUUAUUGGAUGAGGUGAUCGGGUCCGCGGUCGAGGAGCGCAGGCCCAGGGAUAAGAGUAUGAUGACGGCGUUCUUGAAGGUUGAUUAUAAGAAACCGGUGAAAACGCCAGCGACGGUGCUGUGUAGGGCGUGGUGCGAGAGGGGGGAGGGGAGGAAGAUGUGGGGAAGGGGGAGCGUGGAGGAUGGGAUGGGGGGUGUGUUUGCGGUGGGGGAGGCGCUGUUUUUGGUUGUUGAGAAGUUGGGUGGUGCGAAGUUGUGAGUUUGUAGUGUGAAAAGAGAAGAGUGGUUGUGGAAGUGUAAGAGGUGGCUAGGCUGUGAAACUAUGGCUGGCAGCCUCGACCACACAUGUGGGGUAAGUACCUGGGAGAUUGAAGCGUGAACCUGCAGCUGCUUUAACGAUAGACUUUAUGCUCCUCACGAUAGACGAAUGCUUGUUGAAGAUUGUAUAUAUAUAUUCUAGAUAUAGAUGGCAGUCAUACAUUACGAGAGCCGGUAGGCACUGUUUGUUUCAGCAAAGAACAUCAGUCAGAAUAAAAUCACUUACUCAUAAAUUACUUCGGCUCCUUUCCUCAUCCCACUACCAAUCCACAUCCCACAAUUAAUCUUAUCCCUAUACCUCUCAUCUCCUGUCUCCAUAUCUAUA